CGUUUGAGCAAACCAAACGCGAAGAAGUGAAUGGAUGCACAGUGUAGUGUCUUUGCAGGUGUGUCGGAAAAGAGAAGACCAUGAAUGCCUAUUUCACUAUUCAGUGAUCGUUUCAACGUUGCUGUGGACUUAGUUAUGUGUUUUGACGCUAACCAUGCUUUCUUUUCAUGAAUUACAUCUUGUGUAAUUGGUAUAGGACGCUCUUCUCAUAAAACUUAAAAAAGAUGUGUGCCAAAAGAAUGUCAACCUCAGAUGUUCCUCAGAAAAAAAAAAUUAUUCCAGGAUAAAGUCUGAUAUCUAAACUAUGUUGCCUAAAAGGUAGUCAGUUAACACAGACUAACAAUAUGGAUAUUGAAGCAGGAUACGGGUACACCAGUAUCCAAAAAUCAAUGUACAAUAUGAACAAAUCAACUAUUGAAAAUGGCUCUCAAGCAGUAAGAGCUGAAGGGCAAUUACGUAUGGAAGAAAAGAAAUUUCUAUUGGUUGUUGAAAGAGGAGAUGUUGCAUCAGUUAGAAGGUACUUGCAAACAGCAAAGGAAACUGGGAAUAUUGACUUUAACUGCGUUGAUCCUCUGGGUCGAUCAGCCUUACUAAUGGCUAUAGAAAACGAGAACCUGGAAAUGGUGGAAUUACUGCUAGAGUUCAAAGUUGAAACAAAAGAUGGUUUAUUACAUGCUAUUAGUGAGGAGUACGUGGAAGCUGUGGAACUGCUGCUAGACCAUGAAGAUGCGACACAUACACCUGGGGAACCACAUAGUUGGGAAGCUAUUGACAGAGAUACAGCUACCUUCACUCCUGACAUCACGCCUUUGUGUUUGGCAGCUCAUAGAGACAAUUACGAAAUUUUGAAAAUUUUGUUGGAUAGAGGUGCCAAAUUUCCAGUUCCUCACGACGCACGAUGUGGUUGCAAAACAUGUAUGGAGUCCAGUUUAGAAGACAGUUUAAGACACUCCAGAUCUAGGAUCAAUGCCUACCGUGCUCUUGCCGCUCCGUCUAUGAUUGCACUUUCUAGCAAAGAUCCUAUACUAACUGCAUUUGAAUUAAGUUGGGAAUUAAGGCGACUGAGUUUCAUGGAGCAUGAAUUUAAAUCCGAGUACCAGGAAUUGAGACGACGGUGUCAAAAUUUUGCCACAGCUUUAUUGGACCACACAAGAACUACGUACGAACUUGAAGUUCUAUUAAAUUACGACCCCAGCGGUCCUGCAUUUGAACAUGGUGAUCGGAUGAAUCUCAGUCGACUCAAACUAGCAAUCAAGUACAAGCAGAAAAAAUUUUGUGCUCAUUCCAACGUUCAGCAGCUUUUAGCUUCUCUGUGGUAUGAGGGUCUUCCAGGAUUUCGGCGAAAAAAUGUUGUGUUGCAGUCGCUUGAAAUCUGCCGCAUUGGCACGUUGUUCCCAGUAUAUUCGAUCGCCUACAUCCUCGCUCCUCACUCUUUUUACGGACGUAUAAUCAGACGGCCAUUUAUAAAAUUUAUAUGUCACUCCGCCUCAUAUAUCACCUUUCUAUUUUUGCUCAUUCUUGCAUCACAGCGGAUAGAAACUGUGUUGGUAGAUUUGUUUGGAUCAGAGGAAGCAAAGAGACGCAUGCGAAGUGAGGUCAUCACAAAAAGAGGAGCGCCACCUAGUGUCGUAGAAUGGAUGAUUCUUGCAUGGGUUUUAGGUUUAAUAUGGAGUGAAAUUAAGCAACUGUGGGAUUAUGGUCUGAUAGAGUACGUAAAUGAUAUGUGGAAUAUCAUAGACUUUAUAACAAACUCAUUAUACGUCGCCACAGUAGCGUUACGAAUUGUAGCCUAUUUCCAGGUACAAAAAGAAAUAGCUCUGAAAACGGGAACGGCUUUUCUUCCUCGUGAACGCUGGGAUGCAUGGGAUCCAAUCUUGAUAUCUGAGGGACUAUUUGCAGCAGCAAACAUAUUCAGCUCUUUAAAACUGGUGUAUAUAUUCUCGGUAAAUCCGCACUUAGGACCACUUCAAAUUUCUCUUGGACGAAUGGUUAUUGACAUCCUUAAGUUUCUUUUCGUCUAUACCCUGGUGUUGUUUGCCUUCGCUUGCGGUUUAAACCAGCUUCUGUGGUAUUAUGCCGAAAUGGAGAGACAGACAUGUCAUAAAAGCUUACACAACCUUUACAAAAAAUCCGAUUCAGGGGCAUGUCUGACAUGGAGGCGAUUUGCUAACUUGUUUGAGUCCUCCCAGACUUUAUUCUGGGCAAGUUUUGGCCUUAUCGAUCUGGAUAAUUUUGAGUUGACCGGAAUCAAAAGCUAUACUCGUUUCUGGGGGAUGCUGAUGUUUGGCUGCUAUUCAGUCAUUAACAUCGUCGUGCUUCUCAAUCUUCUCAUCGCCAUGAUGAACCAUUCCUACCAAAUGAUAUCAGAGCAAGCUGACACGGAAUGGAAGUUUGCUAGAAGUAAACUGUGGAUGAGUUUUUUUGAAGAUGGGGGAACAGUACCGCCUCCAUUUAAUAUAAUACCAACGCCCAAAAGUAUUUAUUAUCUUUUUCGGUGGAUGUUUAGGAAAUUUUGUGGCCAUUCUCGUUCUGCAAAAAUCGAGCAUCUGAAAACUAUAAGGCGCAAGGCCAAGCAAGCUAAUGAAAGAGACAUUCGAUAUCAAACGAUAAUGCGGAAUCUCGUCCGUCGGUAUGUUACUAAGGAACAGAGAAAAGCAGACAACCAAGGAGUGACAGAAGACGAUGUGAACGAAAUAAAACAAGAUAUUUCCUCUUUUCGCUACGAACUUAUAGAAAUUCUGAAAAAUAGCGGCUUCAACACUUCAUCAGCAAAAGAUCAAACAAAGGGAGGUGGAGGAAAGAAAGGCCGGCAGAAAGAAAGGCGACUUAUGAAAGGUUUCAAUAUCGGACUGGUAGAAGGUUCAUUACCGACAAUUCAUGGCCUUAACUUGUCGAAAAAGUCAGCGGUUAAUAGAAUCACUCGCUUGGCUAGAAUGUCCAGUGACAAGAGACACGUGAAACAAGGUAAAUGGAAGAAUUUCAUGGACGCAACACGAAGUGCUCGUGCUGCUUUUACCAGAAGUCGUAGCGAGGAGUCCAUUAGUAGUCAAGGGUCUUCAGGUCAACAAAGUCAAAUAGAAAUUUCCAGUGAAUCCAGCGUCAGCGUGAUGUUUACUCCAGAGUACGACAGUGAACAGGAAUCUAGGCCCGCCCACAGUCAAAAUCAAAGACUUGGUUGCACUGCUACUUCUGAUAUGCAGACAGAAGCCAAACGCUUAUCACGCCUGUCUCGAAAAUUUGGAAGUUUAUCAUUUAAUCCUUCCAAGCUACGUCUUGUGUUUCAGGACCAUAAUAAAUUCACGCCAAGGGUACAGUCCGUUCCGAAACUCUCAGGAUUUCCCGAGAAAAAGAAAGCAGAGAGAACAAUCAGUGCACCUAGUUCCAAAGUUACUGCAGUGCCUGCCAAGUCUGAACCCAACUCAUCAGAAGAAGGUAAACGACCAUCGACUACGUUGUCUCUUACCACUCCAAACGUUUCAGUAGAGCGAAAUCUCUCACCAAUUCAGAGUUAUGCUGGUUCAAAUUCCCAUACCCCGAAGACGUCUUUGACCAGAAUAUGCGAGUCAUCAGUCCUUCAAGAGUGUUCUUCCGAGGUUGUCACUGCGCCUCGUGACAAUGGUACUACGCUAAAUGAAAGGCUAAAUGAUCAACAACCACAAAUUACCAAAAGCACAACCUCCAACAUACAAAUACGUCAAAAUAGCAUGGCCGUUAGUCCCUCGAGCGAAAACACUGAUACAACUCCAACAGAAACGGUUUCUAAUAAGACUCUGAAUGGGUCAAUCGGGAUAAUGUCCCGAGUAUAUGGAAUAGAACCAGCAAAUAAACAAAUGUCUGUAGGAUGGAUAUGAUAGUUUAUUCAAAUUAGUGGCCUCAUCCGUCAUUACCUGUUUUCUUUUUAACUAUCUGUAUAAGUGUUAUAAGAAAAUUCUAAUUAGUUCAACAACAAAAAAGCUUUAAUCAAGUUAUUUGUAGAAGGUAUUCAUAAAUGCGCACUUCACUUCUGUAUUAAAUGUCGUUACUUUUUGUGAAUAAGAAAGGGUAAAAUGUAUAUAUGUUCAGAAUUACUGUCGCCUUAUUUUAGUGUUUCAAGCUUUUAUAAUAAUAGCUAAUGUAUACUCGUAAGGGUGUGUCUUUGAUUUAUAUAUAAAUUAUAUGAUCAUUUUAGAUUGAUUACAAUAAUCUUAAAAUGUUGUAUUUAAAAAAAAAGUCAAGAGACGACUUAAGAUCCAUUUACUGUUUCAGAACGCCCUGUCAAAAGUAACUAAUUUGUUACUUAUACUCUUUUAAUAAUACGAGCAUGCAUGUACAUUGUAAAAAGGUAUUCGAUACUGAGGCACAUCACCGUAUUUGAGAGUUCAUUAGUUACAGUUUUUUUUAAUAAUAUGAGCAUGCAUGUACAUUGUAAAAAGGUAUUCGAUACUGAGGCACAUCACCGUAUUUGAGAGUUCAUUAGUUACAGUUUUUUUUAAUGAAGACAGGCUCAUUGCAUUUUAUGCCUAUAGCUUAUUGUGUUGUAUAUUUUUCAGACAACUGCAAUUCGUUUGUAAGAGAGUUUUGAUUUUACAUAAUCGUUCACGUGAUAUUGCUAGUGUUUUGUGCUUCAUGUCUUUUAGAUAUAUUUUUGAAAAGUAUUUUCCAUUGGAUUAGUUUUUGCAGCUUCUACACAGUUUGUCAUAUAUUACUCAAUUGGUGACAUAUAUUACGUUGAUGUGACAUCAUUAAUUCCUCAUGUGAAACGUAACGAUGCUCAUUCUGCAUAAUUUGUUGGAACAUUACUGUUAGUCUCAGAAGGUUUGAGAACGAAAAGGAAAAAAAUCAUAAAAAUCAAAAUAACCGAACGUGCAUCAACUUUGUAUAUUUCGAAAAGUCUGUUAUUAUAAUCCAUUGUUUUAAAUAUUGCAAGUAUGGGUAAUUGAAAAUUAUAUUCGAUUGUUAAACUUCUAUCUUGUGAAGAUAUUGUAAUGAUAUAGAAACUGUAGGUUUUAAAUGAUGCUAAAACAAUUUCACAGCGUUAUAUGCUGUCAUUAAAUGUUGACAUUCAGAUUUAUGCUCUUUUUAUCAAAACACAAACUGGAACUUGUGAAUUUCAGUGAUACAUACUUUACAUUUUGAUUAUUGUAAAUAAAACUUAUUGCCCACAUAAAAGAAAUGACACUGUUCUGUACGAACUCUCGUACUAAUACGUGUUAUAAGUUUCGCUAGAAACGCAAUUUGUCACGGCUAUUUCAUUUUAUAAUUAACUAUUGUAAUUUUUAGUAACUUGAUUUUCCUUGCAUUAUAAAGAGCAUGCAAUUAAUUGACACAGUUAUUUGUAUUGUUCACAUAUCAGUUGAAAUAAACACAUUUAAGGUAAAAUUAGCUCUACUUAAUAUCAUAAAUAACAAUCAUAUAGGAUUGGAAUAUCUGAUAUAAAGAGCUUUCUCACACCAUCUCAUCACGAACAUUAUCAAAGCAAACGCACAGAUUGCUUAUCUUACAAUGUCAAAGUAUUUAUCUGAAAAGAAUUAACAUUCGUGAGUCAAUUAAGAUGGAAGAAUAAUUCAAUUAGUAAUGUUUCUAGUCCCUUAAACUUUCUUCGUUAUUUUAUAGUUUUCGUGGGUUUAUCUUUAGUAUUCGAUUGGAAAUGCAGUACAUUCUUAAGUUUUCAAGUUUCAAAUUAAUUCAACUACACGCCUGUUAA